GUACAUAUACGUCGUGUGCCGCGGUGUGUGAAACUCACACGGCACAGGAAGCAGAAUGGCCUCUGCAACAGCGAAGGUGGAGACUCGGACAUGGGUGCUACAGGCUGAGACGGAACUCCGCUUCGACGUCUCUGCUGAACACACCCUUACUGUCGUGCUGAAAGAGAACACAGCGGAGAUGUUCGGCAUCGAGCUCGCUGCUGAGUACGAGUACAAGUUUUCUUCCACCAAGGCCGCCGUCUUCACGUGGUACGGCUGCACGAUAGAGACGACCGGCUGGGUGUCGAGCAUCUACGUGGCGCAGGAGACGCCCAUGAAGAGCUACGUCAACACGCACGCACAGCUCGAGGCGCGGAGGGACAAGGCGCUGCAGGCCCUGCAGGCGGGCCGCACGAACAUCACGGGGCCGAGGGUGAUGGUCGUCGGAGAAGCGGACAGCGGCAAGUCCACCCUCGCGAACAUCCUGGCCGCCUACGCCGUGCGGCUAGGCCGGUGUCCCACCUUCGUCGACCUUGACGUGGGGCAGGGGAUGAUCGCCGUCCCCGGAGGGAUCGCCGCGGCAGCGCUCGACAGCAACUCCAUGUCCGUCGAGGAAGGCUUUUCUUUGACGGCGCCGCUGGUGUUGUUCUACGGGCACACCAGCUUGCAGGAGAAUCCGGAACUGUUCAAGAAGCUCGUGGGGAGAAUGGCGGAGUGCCUCAAGCGGAGGAUGGCCAACGACAUCGACGCCAGCGCUUCAGGCGCAAUCUUCAACACUUGCGGGUGGGUAGAAGGGCUUGGCCUGGAGCUCCUGGCGCACGCGAUCACCGUGCUGGACAUCGACGUGGUCCUGGUGAUGAAGCACGACCGCCUCUACGCGGACAUGGUGGCGACCCUGCCCCGCUCCGUCGCCGUCAUAAACCUGCCUCGCUCGGGAGGGGUAGCUUUGCGAAGCUCUCAGUACCGGCGUGCGUCGCGCGACCGUCGGUGCCGCGAGUACUUCUACGGCGGGGGCGGCGGGGCGGCGGGGGCGGCGGCGGGCGGCGCGCCCGCGCUGUCGCCCGCUGCCCUCCACCUGGACUUCAACGACGUUAGCAUCUUCCGGGUGGGUGGGCAGACGGUGUCGGACGCGAUGUUGCCGGUGGGGCACUCGGACUCCAGCCUCGGGCCAUUGCAGGUGAACCCUUUGUAUCCUUCUUCCGACCUUCUUCACACGGUGCUGGCGGUGUGCCACCCGGUGUUGCGUCAGGACGGAACCAUGCUGGGUGGCGCGUCCGGUCUGGAGGGGGACCGAGAUUCGGCGGAGGCAGCGCAGGGCCCGGCAGUCCUCCUCCCCCAGCAGGAGGAGGAGUCCGACGGUGAUCGUAGUAGCACGGCAUGCGGACGCAGUAGGGCGGACGAUGAACCCCUCGAGGCACCUGCGAGCAAGCGCCCGAAGCAACACGGCCACGGCAAAAACUACAGCACCAGCAGCAGGGAACAUGAGAGAGCUCUUCCCACCGAAGCUGUUCACUCGACGCCGGGCAGGGUGACCUCUCCAGCACACAAUACGCCUACCGUUGGUACUUCAGCGUCCAAAUCGAGAGGCAUAUCCCAAAGAGCAGCAGCGAAUUACAACCGUUUCACAUGCGCAACACCAACGGCAAACACGGCGGCGGCGGUGACGAAGGGGAAAGAGGACAGCAUCAUCGGCCGCCGCGACGCUGUGGGGUCGAGUGUAGCGACCAACAACCUAAGGCAGGAGGAUGGACGACAAGAAGAAGAAGAAGAAGAAGAAGAAGAAGAAGAAGAAGAAGAAGAAGAAGAAGAAGAAGAAGAAGAGAAGACGUUCUCCGUGGUUUUCAUGACGCAGUCGUUGGGGAUCACCCUCGCCGCGUCCGACGACGGCGACAAGUCCCUCGUCGUCUGCGACAAGGAGGACACCACAAAUCCGUCAACAGCAGAAGCCACCUCCACCAUACGCAUCGGAGACCGGCUGGUGAGCGUGGGUGGCACGAGCACGGCCGGUUUCGGCGUGAACCGUGUGGAGAGAUUGAUCGUCCGGGGGCUGCGUCCUCUGGAGGUGGUUUUCCGGCGGCCACGGCGGCAUGGGCCAACCGCUUCGAUUGCAGCUGCAGGGACAGCCGCAGCAGGAGGGACAUCAUCCUCGACACGGCGAACACCAGCGAGCCGGAGACCGAAGCAUCCGGCUCUCGGAGGGCUGGAGCAGCGAUCACGGGACUGCCUGCUGGACAUGAUUAGUGGCAUCGCUACCCAGGAGAGCUCUCUCCUCCUCGGGUCACAGCGGCAGUGGCCCCAACAGCAGCAGCAGCAGAUCCAGCAGAUCCAGCAGAUCGGGAUGGUUGCCAAUGGCGGAUCGGCAACAGCAGCAGGAACGGCGGCGGCGGCGACGACGACUCGAGCGCAAGUUCCUUCGCCUGCGUGCGGCGAUUUUUCUGCAUGCAAUGACUACGAUCGCGGCGGCACCGGCGGCGGCGACGGUGUCACCACAGCCGAAGAAGAGUUGAACGCAAAGCGGCCCGAGAGCAAGGAGAAGAAGAAGAAAAAAAAGCAGACGAAGGCACCUAGUACCGCUACGCCUCGGACGCAUCAAAGCGGAGCGAGGCUUAUCACGAGCUCCAUCAACAACGACGACAGUUCGGCCGUGCCUCCUCCUUCCGUUUCCACCGCGGCUGGCAACGGCGUCGGUGGCGGGGGCGACGGCGGGGGCAGCAACGGCGGCAGAGGCACCGGCAAACAGGCGAACUUCGCGUCUCCAUCGGCAGCCGAGGUAGUGCCGACCUCCACUGAAGUCACCAGCAUCCUCAUCAAGCUAGGGCCGAAGGGCGCGUCCGAGCUCGCGCUGUACAAGAACCUCGCGUUCGACGAGCUGGUGAAACUGUGUCGGUACACCGGGAGCGUGGACCUCUCGAAGCGCCUCCCAAAGGCGACGAUGGCGGAGCGCCUGAGCUCUCUGUGCUCGGAGCGGGGGGCGCUGGCCGUCGAGCUGCGGAACGCGGGAUUAGCUAAAGGACGGAAGGCUGAAAGCGAAAGAGGAAUCGGAGGAGCAAGGGGUGGCAAGGGGGAAGCGCCACCGCGAGGAGUUGACCGCUCUCUUGAGGGUCCCCCUACCCCGCCAAUCCGGGCCACCGAGGCAGCAGCAGUAGCAGCGGAAACAACUACCCCUGUGCAACAGCGAGGGCGUGCUCCUCGUCCUGGCAGCCUUUCGCGGACGCCUGGUCCCGCAGGUUGUUCCAGGGAAGCAUCUCGGCAACAGCCGCCGCCGCCGCCACCGCCUGGGAGCAUGAACACCCCAGUGCUGGCAAUUCCUCAUCAGGCUUCUUUGUUCCGGCAGGGGGGUGACACCGGGGACCCGGGCGACGACCAGGGGUGCUGGGCUGACUGGGACUACCCCGACAACGCCGGUGCUCGCCUCGAUAGGAGCGGCGGGAGGGGGGGGGCAGGAGUGGGCAGGGGAGACCGCCGCCGUGGGGGGCGGAGGGUGGACGACGACGGCGAUGACGACGAGGAGGCUGCGUGGUGGUCUUGGGAACCCGAUCAUUGCGAGUGGUCUCCUUGCUCCUCUCCGACCGCCGCCGCCGCCGCCGCCGCACCACCGCCUUCGUCGUCGGUACCGACUGGAGGAGGCAGAGGUGGGGGCGGGGAGGACGGACGGGAAGCAGGUGCUGCCGUGUUCCGUCGCAACCCUCUCCUACCUGCUGCUUCUUGCUUCUCUCGUUCGUUCGCUUCCUCUUCGCCGGUCGGCGCCCUUGCUGCUUCUGAGGAUGAGCAGCACCAACAGAAUCACAGAGGGAGCACGAUGUCGCCACUGUCGAGCGGGUUGUUGUCCGGAGCGGGCCUGGGGUUCACCGCCCUGCCCAGGUGGAUCCUGCGACGCCUCGCAGGUGAUCACGGAAGCGACAGGGCGCGAUAGCUAUGGCAUUGUUUGGGUUUUUGGUUUCGGAGUCCUGUAGUAGUCUAGAGACCCACCGCAUGGGCCAAGCAAACAAGAAAGCGUACGGGGGCGUGAGCUUCAACACCGUAUCGUCGCGAACGAUAUCAAUGGCGGCAGGAUAGCCGAGUAGCAUCGAAGAUGUGGGG